GACCAAGUUUACCCUGUUGUUCUCUUUUUUGGUUCGUAUAGCAAACAUUGAGGAGAGAGAUUUCUUCAGUAUUCACUACAACAACUAAAACGCAUUAGAACUUCUCACGUCUCAACCAAACUCUCUUCGGAUUCUACCCUAAUCACAUCGACUACGAAUCUUCUUCUUUAUAGUCUGUGGUUUUGCAUAAACCCUAGAUGACAAUUUUUUUUAAUUCCUAAAAUUGAUAUAGAAAUUUCUACAAAAACAUUGACACAAUUAAAAUUAAGAACACAUUCAUCCACUAUCUGUUGAUCGAGAAGAAAUUUCUUCGAGCUGCUCCUUAAAAAGGUGAGAGAUAUUGAGAGAGGAAGGAAUUGAGUUCAAGUUCUCGCCUUUUUUGCAUUGCGAUUGCGCGUUGGCAUUGAUUCACUACUUCUGAGAUUAGUGCAUCCUUUCUUACUUGGAGAUUUCAGUGUUAACUGUCAAUUGAAAUUAUAAUUUUUGACAAUCUGGGUUAUUGAGUUGGGAAAGUGAAAUUUACGGGGAAUUUGUUAGUUUGAUGAUAGUUUUUACAUGGGUUCAGCAUUGUUCAAUUAUGUGCGAAAUCUGUGGCCUUUUUCAGGCCUUAGAGUUGAUGAACUGAAAUUAUCUGAUAGGUUGGUUAGUAGACUUUCACUACCUGAACACACUAAGCAAUUUGUUUUUGCUAUUCGUGAGCCGGAAAAUGAGGCAGUUAUAUAUAUUCUUUCUGCUCAAAACUUAUCGGAGAGAUCAGCUUCGGAUGCUGAGUUUUUGAUAAGGGAAGUACGACCUGAUGCGGUUGUUGCCUUAGUUGGUAAUAGUACAGUGUCUGAAAUUCAAGAACAUGAAUUGGUUGAAGGCAUGGAUGAUCAGGUUCCUACUUCAGCAAGUAGGGUUUUGAUGAGGUGUUUUAUGGAUAAAACAAAUAAAGAUAGGUAUGAAAAUCUUGCUGGUAACUUGGUCCUAAAGGAGAUUUUUGGUGUUGGCUUCUAUGGGCACUUCUUUGUUGCCAAAAGGUUGGCAGAAGAAGUUGGAUCUUCAUUCUCUGUAGUUGAAUCUCCAGUGAUGAAUUCAGCUGGAGCUGAAACAGAUCCAUCUUCUGAGACUAGUAUGGUCAGUAAUAACCUUCAAACUUUGGUGUUGCAGCCAGCUAGCUUGAUACCACAGAAUUGGGGUCCGUUAGCUUGUAAUUCAAGGAGACUUAUCAUUACUAGCGAUGUCCAGUCACAGAUGGUAAAACUGGUAUGUCCAUUUUUAUCCCAAUCAAUAACGAAAUUGAGUCCUUUUGGCUCUCCUGUGGAUGGAGGGUCAUGUAUAAUGGAGCCCAGGUGCAAUUAUUGCCCCCCACCAUUUGCACAAACGGUUUAUCCUUUGCUCAUGGAUCUGCAUGAUAUUUUUGCUGAUAUCCCAUCUAUGGGUCGUGCUCUAGCUUAUGCACAAAAAAUGUUUCUUGAUGUGGGUAAGGGGGAUAGCGUAGAUGCUGAUUUAUUGGCUGAAGUUUAUACCUUUCGAAUUGCAGUUGAGGGUCUGAGGAUUGCUCUGAAUAACGCUGGUAGACUCCCAGUCCACAAAUUAGAAAAGUCUAUGCCAGGCAAGAUUGGUUUUCAAGAACUGUCAGUUGAGGAGAAAUCUCAUUGUCUUCUUGCACAAACCCUUCAAAGUCAGGCAAGAAAGUUCAAGACAGUAGUGGCAAUAGUAGAUGCUAGUAGCUUAGCUGGUCUUCGGAAGUUCUGGAACACUCCUAUUCCUGGAGAAGUCAAGGAUGUAGUUGAAGAACUAAUUGUGUGCCAGGAAAUUGAUGCAGAAAGCACCAAUGAUAAAAGGAAGCGGCUAUUAUCUGGUAAACCUGUAGUGGCAGUUGUUUCUGGUGCCACUGCUGUUCUGGGUGCAUCUUCCCUAUCUAAGGUUGUCCCAGUGUCAUCUAUUGUUAAGGGGGUUAUGUUGAAUGUUCCAGCAUCAUUGAAGCUUUUCCUUACUCACACUCAUAAAGCAACUGUAAUUGCAGUAAGCAAAUUUCUUGGUCCGUCAAAAGUUUUGGCUCCAGGCUUUGCAAGUUCUGGGGCUAAAGCAUCUACUGCAUUCAAGGCAGCUGCUUCCGCGGAGAAAAUUCGUGUCAUCACUCAUGGUAUUAUAGCUUCUGCUGAAAAGACUAGCUUUUCAGCCAUGAGAGCUGCAUUUUAUGAGAUAAUGAGGAAACGACGGGUUCAGUCAAUUGGAAGCAUGCCAUGGGCAACCUUUGGGUUUAGUGUAGCAAGUUGUGCAGGAUUGCUUGUAUAUGGUGAUGGAAUUGAAUGUGCUGCUGAAUCUCUUCCUGCAGCCUCUUCCAUUGCCAGCUUGGGUCGUGGUAUCCAAAAUUUGCAGCAGGCGUCUCAAUCCGUUGGACAUUCUUGUGGACAUAAAAUUCAAAAGGCUAUAGAGUCCCUGAUGCACAGGUUUAAAAAAGUGAAGAUUCAGUAGAGCGAAAAAAAUCUGGCUUCCUUUGUAUAUUAUCGAUGCUGUCGACGUUGAUGAUUCAGGUGUACAUACAUAAUCCAAGGAAGGAUGGGGGUAUGUAAUGAUGACUGGUUUUCCCACUUUCCUACUGCAAAAUAAUUCCUUUGCUCUCAUAUUACUGACUGGUUUAGCAUACAAAUUUAGUGAUCCUCUUUUCAAAUCCGCUUCUCUCUCCUGGAGUGUCACAUAUACUAUUUAGGUUGUCCAAGAAUUUGUCACAUUUCCUAAUAUUGAAUGAUGUAUGAUUUGAUUUCCCAAAUUAAGUGAUAGGGAUGGGAUAAGAAUGGCCCAACCAUAAAGGGUCUUUUUGAACUCAUUUUGUAUUCAUAAUUAUAGUGAGUUGGGAAAAUGUGACAACCAUCAAUGUAACCCUUAUGCGUUAUGCAAAUUGAUCUACCUUAUUAUAUAAAAGGUUGAGGAGAAAUUAUUACGUUUUGUGAAAA